UCUCACGAUAAACCACAUAGCCGGAACAAGAAGUGCACAAAAUGUGACAAAGAACACAAAAUGAAAAGCCUUAGAAGAGAAGAAGAAUAGCAUAACAAAAAAUCUCAACCUUUUUUUUUUUUUUUAAUCGUUUUCUCCUUCUUUUGGAUAAAACAUUUGUUAACAUUGGAUUUGAUUUUGUGUAUGUCAGUAUUUUGUUCGGUUUGGGUGUUUCGUAUUGUUUGUUUUGUUUAGAGUUUUCGCUGCUUUUCAGGAAAGAAAGGAGUUAGGGCGGAGUGUAGAGAAAAAUAGAGAGAGAGAGAGAGAGAGAGAGAGAGAGAGUGCAUAAGCAUUCUUUUGGUUUGGGCGAGUCUCUCUCUCCAUAUGUGGGUUUCUUGUGAACGUUUCUUCUUCUCUAAUGCUGCUCCAUUUUCUCUUCUCAAAUUAGGGUUUCACAUUUCCCAUUAAGCAAAGCCUCACCCCCUUUUUUGUCCCAGAAACGAUCAUUUGUUAUUGUUAGGGAAGCUGAGUUGAUUUGGAUAUUAUGUCAUCAAGAUAUCCAAUUCUUCAUGAUCGACCCAUUGAUCAGUGGAAGGUUACAGCUCUGAAAGAUGAGCUAAAGCGAAGGAAACUAACUACCAAGGGUUUGAAGGAUGAUUUGAUCAGGCGUUUGGAUGAAGCUCUUCGCAUUGAAAUGGAGGCUGCUGAGUCUUCUGAGAAGGACGAGGCUAAUGCUUUCAAUGGUGAUGUAGCUGGGUUAAACAAUUCACAUAUGGAGACUGUAGUUGCCGAAGUAAUUGUAAGCGAAACUGCUGAAACAGUUGAAACAUCUGAAAAGGGUAAUACUGGUAUAGUUGAACCCAUUGAAACUGAAAAUGCAGAAAAGAUUCCAGAGGUUGUGGAUAAUGACAGGGAAAAGAGUGACAAGCUGUAUGGUGUUACCACCCCAGUUGACAUUAAUAGUAAUGUGCCAGCUGCGGAUCAAGAAGUGGAACAUAUGGACUUUCCAGCUGCAAAUGUGGGAGAGGACCUAAUUGUUCAUGCUUCUACAAUAGAGACCACUGUAACAGUCACUGAGAGUGUCUUGACAGACGCAGUAGUCAGCGUUCAGGAUUCUUAUAGUGCAGAACCACAGAACAAUUAUGGUGAUUCAGCAGCCAAGCAGGAGAAUGUGGAAUCAAAAGCAUGGCUUGAUAACAAGGACUCAAAGCCCCCGCUGGAGUGCGACCUAAAGCCCCCAUGCGAGGAUCUCAUCAUGCCCGACUCUUCUCUUUAUGAAAAUCAGGUAUCUGAGGUCAACCCUAGUUUAGGGUCUCAAGUAAAAUCUGAUUCUAUUUCUUGUAAUUCUGUGUCAAUUAAUAAUAAGAAUGAACUAAGGGAUACUAUAAUUGCUGAUAAUGUCAAAUUAGAACAAGAUAUUUUUAGGCCAGAGAUGGUGCAAGAACCAUUAUCCAGAAAUGAUAUACCUGUUUAUGAUGAAUCACAUUCAAUGGAUGUUGAAGAGCUACGUGAGAAAAAGGAAUCUGUUGAGCAAAAUAGCAGUAAUAAAAGUCCAGACUUGAACAAGAUCAAUAGUGGUGAGGAUGUUGGGUAUCCAGAAAAGUUAAACUUGGAUAGAAGUUCUUGUGAUGAUUCCAUGGAAGAGGAUUUGCUGGAAAGCAAGCAAUUUGAUUUUAAGUCUAAUGUUGAUGAAAUUAGAGACAAGGGGGAGAGUGUUGAAGUGCCUAUUGUGAAGGAGGAAGGUAGUACUGUAGUUGUUGGAGAUGGUCUAUCUUUGGAGAAAGUUGGUAUCCGCCAUGAUAAUGAUAUUCCUCCUGUUUCCCUUGUUGAGAAACGAAAAUUUCAUGAUCAAGCAUCAGUUGGGAACAAUGAGCCUGCAAAACGGCAAAGAAGGUGGAACUCUGAAACAGUUAAAGGUUCAGAUUCACAAAGUCCUACUCUCAAACCUGUUACUGCACCAAAGGAUGAGCCAAUGGCUUCGAAGCGCAACUUCUCUAGGUUUGAUUCCUCAACAAUUAAUGAUGCACCCAAAGAACGAAUUGUUCCUCCAUCACAAAGGGCCCCAACUAAUUCCCUCAGGAUUGAUCAAUUCCUCCGUCCUUUUACCCUAAAAUCAGUGCAAAAACUUCUUGGUAAAACUGGGAAUGUCAUCAGUUUCUGGAUGGACCAAAUAAAGACCCAUUGCUAUAUCACUUACACAUCCGUAGAAGAAGCUAUUGAGACACGAAAUGCUGUGUAUAAUCUGCAAUGGCCUCCAAAUGGUGGACGCCUUUUAGUUGCUGAUUAUGUUGAUCCUCAAGAAGUGAAAAUGAAGCUAGAAGCUCCUCCUACUCAGGUUGCCCCUGUCAGUAGCGAUUCAACAGUACCGCCUGCAAUCAAAGCCUUAAACUCACAACCAAAGCCUUCUCCCAUUCAGCACAGGGAGCAGCCUCUAAUUCCAGCUACACUCCCUCCUCCACCACCGUUGUCAAAGCCCCUGCCAGCAGCAAGAGAACGGCUUCCACCCCCACCACCCCUUCCUGAGAAAUUUGACCAACCUAUUGUCACACUCGAUGAUCUCUUUCGUAAAACCAGAGCAACUCCUAGAGUCUACUAUUUACCUUUAUCUGAAGAGCAAGUUGCAGCAAAACUUGCAGCACAGGGCAGAAGCAUUAAGCAGUAGGCAAUUAGUUUAAGGAUUCUUCCCUGGCAGCUUUUGUUGAUUUUCUUAUUAUUGGUGAUUUGACUAGUUAAGAAGUGUUUUGUAAAUGCAUCUUGGUAGGUGCGUUGGUGUUGACCUUGGGAAGAAAUUGUUGUUGCCAGUUGCUAGUUUCUGGUCCUUGAUAUUGUUACAUGGGUUGAGACCUGUAUUGUCUAGUGUUAGAACUUAGAACGGCACAAACUAAGGAAAUUUUUUUUGGUGGACCAGGACCCCCAAAAUUCAGUGGUCCCUUUUGUAUUUUGUGGGACAUAGAUGGAAAUAUAAAAUGAAAGAAAGUAGUAACGUGGAUUUUUUUUGUGGAAAUACAAAGGGGGAUCAUUGAAUUUUGGUGGUCCACCAGAACUUUUCUCCAAACUAAGAGCUACUUAAUUGGAUAGAUUUUUCCCUCUGUUUGAACUAGUUGAAGCCUAACA